AUGAUAGGAAGCCUGAUGUAUCUCACUAUCACCAUACCCGACUUGAUGUUUGCUGUCAGUUUGGCAAGUAGAUAUAUGGAAAGGCCUACUGAGCAACAUCAGCAGGUGGUCAAAAGAGUUAUGAGGUAUCUUAAUGGAACUACUGGUCUAGGAAUUCUGUAUAAGAGGAGGGGAAGUAGAAAUCUGGUUGCCUACACAGAUAGUGACUAUGCAGGAAAUGUUGAUGAUAGGAGGAGCACCUCUGGAUAUGUUUUUCUACUAGGGGAAGGUGUUGUUGCUUGGUCUUCUAAGAAGCAAGCAGUUGUUAGUCUCUCAACAGCUGAGGCUGAAUUUAUUGCAGCAGCUUCUUGUGCUUGUCAGUGCAUUUGGCUGAGAAGAAUUCUUUUCUCACUUGACCAUUUCCUAGACAAGUGCUCACAGAUUCACUGUGACAAUAGCUCAGCCAUCAAGCUUUCAAAAAAUCCUAUCUUGCAUGACUUGGUAGAUAAGCUAGAACUGCAUACUGCAAGUUCAGUUUAA